AUGCUUGUUAAUUGGGAUACAAUGAUCUUUGUACUAUCGAAAAAACAGACACGGAAGUUCUCAUAUACGCGACUGUUAUCACCAACUAAAGAUCUGGUGGCGUGCACUUCAUGUGGUUCACUUCAUCAAAUGAGCACUAUUUGUGGACAAUGCUACGCAAAGAUUCGAGAGCUGACAAAUGAGAUCAAGAGGAAAAUGAUGUUUUACAAUCCAUAUAAAGGAGAGGCCCAAGACAAGGAGGUGAUUGUUCGGUUUUCCAACGAUAACGUGGUAGAUGAUGGUGUUGUGAACGGAAAACGAAUCAUAGAGAUAGAGAAGGAGCGACCAACAUGGUUCAAGAAAUUGUUCUAG